AUGGCCAGCUCAUCGUUGGAAGGAGAGGAGGAAACGGGUAGCAUUGCGGCGGAAGAUAAUCGCAGUACUAAAAGUGGCAGAUCGAGACCCUCGUUUACCGACUAUUGGAAACGCACGAAGCAGGCGGCGAGACAUAUUACCUUCGUCUCGAGUAAUCCGGAACAAAGCACAGGACCCAGGAAGACAGAUUCAAACCAGGAGGACGAGGACGAGGACGACGAUCAGCAGGAGGACCAACACCAGAGCGCGCAAGCCAAGGCGCUAGCUCGACGACAGCAGGUGCGCAAGGCACAGAAACAGCAUCGCCAGAGAAAAGUCAACUACACCAACCAGCUCGAGAUGGACGUCGCCAAGCUGCGCGACCUGAUAGAGCAGACGGAGCGAGAGAGUCUCGCCAUCAGGAACGAGAACGAGACUAUCCGCCGCCGUCUGCUCAGAAACCCGGCUCCAGCACCAGCUCCGGUUCCGGUUCCGGUUCCGGCUCCGCAGGCUAGUCUGAUGAUGCCGCCGCCGCCGACGUCGACGUAUAGGUCUUCGACGUCCCUGCCGGAGUACACCGUCAGUCUUAUUAACUCGUCCGAAGCCCUGGACAAGCCCAUGUUCCAAGUCCAGCGGGUGUCGGCGCAGCAGUCGUCGUGGUCUCCGCUCGGCGGGUUCGCAGGCGAGCAGAUGGCUUCUGGUGCGGGUCGUGGGUUUGAAAGUGCUGGGGUAAGGGGGAGGAGGUUGUUGACGCAGACGGAGACUGAUCAGGCGAUCAAUUUUAUCCUAGAACUCGAACGCAUCUGCUGGAACCACUUCCACCCCUCGAUGUACAACCACAACGACUACGACCCAGAAGCGCGCGAACACGGGCACUCGCUCAUGGUCAGCACGAUGGCGCUGCGUAGCGCACCACCAGAAGCAUGGGCACAAAUCAGCGCGGAAAAGGCUCGACAGGCCUCACUCCCCUCCCAAUCCCACUCAGCACCUCCUCCCUCCCUACCUACUUUCCCCUUAGACACCCAUACCCACACCCACUCUUCCCACUCUUCCUCCCCCCAUCCCCAUCCCCAUCCUCACAUCCACCCCCACAGCCACGCCAACAUAAUAACAUCCUGGCCCACCCCCAGCACCUCCAGCGCCGACCUCACCCUCGAGAACCUGCGCGGCCUAGCCGCCGCCCUGAACCCCAACCCGGAAGAGUCCGCCGAGCUGGCCCCCGUGCAGGCCUGGUUCGAGAUAGCGCGUCUAUACGGCGGCGUCGCGGCCCUCCUGCACGACGCCGCGCGUCUGGAACGUCUGCGCUCCGAAAUGGCCGCCGUCGUCGACUGCAUACACUACGGCGCUGUGAUCCGGCGCGCCGAUUUCGAGAGUACGCUUCAGAGGGUUAUGGGGCCUCCUGUUGGAGGGGGUGGGGGUGGGGGUGCUGUGCCGGGUGGGUAUUCUGAAGGAGGCUUUAUUUGA